AUGAUGGGAGGGUUUUGUUGUGUACAGUUUAUUACGAUUUCUCUAGCUCUAACGAUCACUUGUAUGGUCAACUCGACAGCGGUAGCCGAAUUGCAGAGAAAUGAAAGAAUUUCUCAUUUUACGGAAUCAAUUCCCCAUUACAACCUCUCCACAACGUCAUUACCGAAAGCCGAGUUCUCGUUGAAAUCCGAGCAAUGCGAAUCGACGCAAACCGGUGAUCGAGUGGUUGUUGAUUAUGGGGGUUCUCUCAUCUGGGAUCACCGUGUCCAGAACCUUCUCUUCAAGGGCACUUUCCUCGGCGCUCUUUUCACGGCAAUCCCUGCGAUUUUCGUGCUCCAAAGAUAUUCAAUCAAACGAAUCGUCGCCUUUUCUGUAAUUCUCUACUCUCUAUGCGCACUCAUCGUCCCAUAUUUGGCGCUGAAUUAUGGGGAGAAUUCCGUGUUCGCCAGCCGACUCGUCAUGGGUUUAGCUGAGAGUUUCGCUCAUCCAUCAUUCAACACAUUGAUCUCAAAUUGGUUUCCGAUCACCGAAAGAAGCACCGCAAUCGCUUUGUAUACAACUGGAAAUCAACUAGCCACCGCUGGAGGGAAUCCGCUGUGCGCGUGGUUUUGUCGGAGCUCUUUUGGAUGGCAGGGUGUCUUCUAUAUGUCAGGUAUCGUCGGUUUCUCCUGGACGGUCAUCUGGCUGACAUUCUCCUCGAAUCAACCCUCGAAAUGCAAAUUCAUGUCGCCAAAGGAAAAAGCGUAUUUGAGUUAUCAUUGUGUCACGAGAAGCCAUAAAAUGGGGCAAAAUGCGGCUCCUUACAAGAAAAUCCUCACCUCGCGACCUUUUCUCGCUCAACUCCAAGCACAUUUCUUUGUCUCGAUGAUUGCUUCAAUGCUUCAAUUGUAUUUACCAUCAUACUUUAAAGAAGUACUCUUGCUAGGGAUUAUGGAGAACGGCGUCUACACGGCGAUCCCAAACGUCGCGAUGUUUGUGUGGAAACUCUGCUGGUCAAUGAUUAUGGAUAAAUGUAAAGCCAAACACAUUCUCACUCCGACGCAAGCUGUGAAAUUGUCACAAGCAAUGGCCUGCUUUGGAAUGGCUCUCAACAUGGUGUCGAUCGCUUUCUUUGUCGACUGUUCAACUCCACUCUUAGCGCUGAGUCUUGUCACGUUAACAUGGUGCUCAAUGGGAUGUUCUGUUAGUGGCUUCAUCACCUCAAUGUUAUCGAUCGCUCCCCGGUACACGGCCACAAUCUCAGCAAUCUCGACUUUUGUAGCGCUUCUAGGGCGACUCUGCGCCCCACAAGGAGUCGGACUCAUCAAAAAGACUGGUACUCUAGCUGAAUGGAAAUCAAUUUUUCUGUAUGGCGGCGCGAUGGUGGCCUUUUCCGGGAUUUUGUUCUUGAUAUUUGGUUCAGCCGAAGUGCAACCAUGGGGUGAAGAGGAUUCAAUAACCGAAGACAAUAAAGAAGAACGAGAAAUCGAAUACGAAAUGAUGAUAAAGGAAAGGAGACACACAGCGAGUAUCAGCAUUCAA